UCGCCAUCCCGGUCCAGGGGCGGCCCCGGCCCCGGCCGCCUCCUCCUCCUCCAGGCAGGCCUCCGGACGUCCCCGCCGCCAUGAAGCGCCCUUGCGACGAAACCACCUCCGACAGCGACCUGGACGAGACCAUAGACGUGGGCAGCGAGAACAAUUACUCCGGGCAGAGUACUGGUUCUGUGAUUCGAUCAAAUUCCCCAACAACAACAUCUCAGAUUAUGGCCCGAAAGAAAAGGAGAGGGAUAAUAGAGAAGAGGCGACGGGACCGUAUAAAUAACAGUCUAUCAGAGCUGAGACGACUCGUGCCGACGGCUUUUGAGAAACAAGGCUCUGCCAAAUUGGAAAAGGCGGAAAUACUGCAAAUGACAGUGGACCAUCUGAAGAUGCUGCAGGCAACGGGAGGGAAAGGCUAUCUCGACGCCCACGCGCUGGCCAUGGAUUUCAUGAGCAUCGGCUUCCGGGAGUGCCUGACGGAAGUGGCCAGGUACCUGAGCUCGGUGGAGGGCCUGGACGGCGCCGACCCGCUGCGGAUGCGCCUCGUCUCCCACCUCAGCACGUGCGCCUCGCAGCGCGAGGCCGCGGCCAUGACGUCCCCCUUGGGCCCGCACCCCGCGCCUCACCCCUUCCCCCCGCACCACUGGGCCGCCGCCGCCGCGGCCGCCGCCGCCUUCCACCCGCUCCCGGCCGCCCUGCUCCCCGCCAGCGGACUCCACGCCUCGGAGGGCCCCCCGUGCCGCCUCUCGGCCGACUCGGGCCUCCGCGGGCCUCCCUGCCUCCCGCCCCUGUCGGCCUCGCUCCUGUCCCUCUCGGCCACCGUCCAGGCCGCGGCCACGGCCGCCGCCCACAGCUUCCCGCUGUCCUUGGCGGGCGCCUUCCCCCUGCUGCCCCCGGCCGGGGCCGGGGUCGGGGCCGCCGUCAGCCCCCCGCUGCCCGCCUCGGCCGCCUCCAGCCCGCGGCAGGCCGGUCCCGGGGGCGCGAACAGUAAACCCUACCGGCCCUGGGGGACAGAAGUGGGCGCCUUUUGACGCGCCCCGGUCCCCCCACCCCGAGCCCCUCGCCCGCUCCUCCACGAGGCCGACCGCCGGGACCGUCCGUGGCCGAGGCCGACCGCCCUCCGUUUCCCGGCUGGCGUGACGAAGGCCGACCCGGACCGAAGCCGCCCAGAUGCCCGAGCGACCCCACGGGACCGGGGACCCUCUUCCAGAGCCGACCUCCCCCCGGAGCGGAAACAGCGCCGCGUCGUCGCUCUUCUACUCCUUCCUCCCCCUUCCUUCUUUCUCUUUCUUCACGUUUUGUUCGGCUUAGGGCGUCUCACUACCCAACACCAGUGGCCGUGGAAAACCUCACACUCCCGUUCCCGUUGUAGAAGUUUCCUGGGAAACAGAUAGACUCUAGAGCUCAGCUAUGCAUCUUAAUAUUUGCGGGCGGGAAGGGGAAAUAUCCCUUCCAAGUUCUCCAGAGGUAGAACGACGACCGCACGCGCACCACACACACACACACACUGACUCACUCGCUCUUUCGCACACACAAAAGAGUUCCAAGUUUCACAAGUGCCUAAGAUGAAGAAGCGUUUUCUUCCAAAGCCAGUAGCGUUGCACAGGAGCGAGCGGGAGACGGGGGAGAGGGAAGGAGGGAGGCAGCAAGUCACUGGGCCACGGGACGUGUGAUCCCUUCCCGGAAAUCCCCGUUAAAUCCCGGCCGUUUCAUAGCCCAGUAGGAGACAGCGGUCCCAUUCAGGUGGAAAGCGAAGCCCGAUGAUACCCGGUUUUCCGUCAGUGCCCCGACUCGCCCGACGGUGAGGUCGAGGACCGCAUCGAGAAGAACGAUUCCCCCUCGGUGUUUGGUUCGACCCAUUUUUCAGCGCUACCGUGGGCACCUUUGGGCUUUUUUUGGUUUUUAAACGCCAGGCCGCCUUCGUAGGGUGGGCUGACGGCACCGGCCCAGAGUCCUUCGCAGUUCUAAGAUGGCAAUUGGCCGUCUUUGGGGUGGUUUUCCCUAUCGAUCUCAAGCCCACCCUUCUUCCUCUCGGAGGGAAACCGCAGGCUCCCUUCCCCGCUGGGCCUUCGGAGACUGUGGUCCCUCCAGGGACAGCGGGGCGAGGACAGAGAGGGAAGAGCAGGGAAAGAGGAAACGGUUGUAUAAGCUCACCCUUUCCGUAGCCAACUCGGAUCCCGAACCACGAUGAAUGUAUUCAGAUGAGUUGUUGGUAAAUUAUUGUUUUGAUUUGAUCCCCCCCCUUUGUCAGAACCCAGGUGAUGAGAGAGACGGAAAGGAGCCUUGUUUCGGUCCGUUUUUAUUUUUUUUGACUUUUGUUUUAUGACAAAAAAACCGUAAUCUCAUAUUACAUUGAACCAAGCACGUGAGAUUUUUAUGUCUGGAGAACUAAAAAGACACAGCAUGUACUAUUAUGCACUUGAAUUCUCUGCUGUGUGGAGAAAGCAAUAAACCUUAAGAGAAUGUUAAACAUUAUGCAAAAUAUACUUUAAAAUAUUUGUUUUAAAAAUACCGUAUCUGGUCUGUUUCCCGUCUUUUCCCCCAGUACUUUGUAACCUUUUUCUAUGCAAAAUUCUGUACAUAUCACUAAUUAAA